UUAGUUUUCGAAUCGAUGUAAAGAUUUAGAUUAUAAUUUUAAAGACCGAUAUUUGAGAAAAACCAUUAAGUUGAAUCUUAGGACGGCUCCAACCAAUAUAUUUUUAGAUGUAGACGCACAGCUGUUUGUCAUAUAACGCUGUUUUUGUUUAUUUACAAAUAUGGAUAGAAAUUUUCCAAACACUGUAAAACUUUAAAGUGUAGCGAUUCAUGAGACAAUUCAAAUUUUUCGCUUAGUUUGCAAUUACGUGGACAAGAAAAUAAAAAAUGGUUAUAGGACGAAUAGAGGACAUGAUAAGCAAUUCGUGUAUUUUUCUCACUUCUCUAAUAGUAGCUGCAUUAAUCAACCUCUGCUGGAAGAUGGGUCACGAGUGGCUGUACUAUAAGCAUCAUUAUCAUCCACCAAAUAUUGUUAAGCAGAUAUUUUUACGUGUUUUUGAAAUCAAUAUUGGCAUAUUUUUAAUACUUGUUAUAGAUGUAAUAUUACUUGUUUACUUUUGGAGUAAGUUAAAUUUAUUAGAACUGUUAUUUGACGUUCCAUUAUGUCUGGUAGCUAUGGCGUCGGGACUUCUUCGAAGUGAAUUCGAUCAAGUUAGUUUUAUACGUAAAUCUCACAGCUUAGAUUAUGCUGGUGGAAUGGCCAGUAAUUAUUAUUUUGGCUAUCUAAAACAUGUUUUGGCUGCAUCGGUUACAGAUGUUUUAGAAGGAAUAUGCGAACGAAUUAAAUUGUACUCUGCACAAAAUAGUGUGUCUUUUGUCAGUGAUAAACUGGUUAUAUUGAUACCAAACACUAUGUACCUAAACCCAAAAAUUGAUGAUAGUAAAUUAUUAGAAAAAACAAAUGCUCUGGAACCUGUAAUAAAAAAUCGAGCUGGUGUUCAAAGAAGGUUUUACAACGAUGUAUAUCGAAUAAAAAAGCCCAUUAAUAAUAAAUACUAUUAUAUUGUUCUUGAGGGAGCAACACCUUUACAAUCAUUUUAUGACGCAAUGCAAGAGGAAAGGAAUAUUUCCAGAACCUCAUUGAAAAGAAUGCAACGUGAAAUAUUAUUAAAAUUUUAUACUUAUUUGAAAAAAUUGCUUUUGAGCCGACCAGAUACAGAAAAUGAAGCUGAACUAAUAUUAUAUAAUGCAUAUAAGGAAGAUGGCUCAAAAGUGGACGUGGGCGAAGUGAUAAUAAGUUAUUUUCAUGAGAAACUAAAAAAAGAAACGUAAUUUAUCGAAUCUGUUUUAUAAGAAACUAUUAACUAACUAAAUGAGUAAUAUUUGUCUUUUAAUGCUAAAGCAAUGUUAACUAA